CUCCACCUCGCUCUUCUCCAAAUCCCUUGCUUUCUUCCACGUCUCUUUUCCUCUCCAUCUCCAUCCUUCCAUCCUGCUUGGUCCAUCUUUCAGGCGGGCUGAGAUGCGGCGCUGAUAAAUCCUCCCCGUGAGUGUGUCAGCCUGAGUACACGUGUGGCUUCGCAGCUGACGGCAAAGGACUCAUGAAGUGGUCUGGACUCGGAUAUCACAGCCUCAUUCCUGUGCAUGUGCAGCACGUUUUUCCUACAUCCUUCCAUUAGAGAAUCUUCUUUUCCCUCCUCUUUGGUGACACUUCUUCUCCAUGGAAUCUUCAGUCCUUUCCUCAGAAUAUUGGAUUUAAUGAGCGGGCUCUGUGAAUGGAAACAAGCAAUUUCUGGAUUUCCUUCUUUGCAGCUCUGAGCCAAUUGCAUCAGUGGCUUGAUGUACCUAGUGGAAAACGCAAGGUAGCUGAUGGACUGAAGAGGCAAAACUGUGACGGAAUGUGGAUUAGGUGGACAAAGUACCCAGUUGACAUCUUCAGCCUUCUGCUUUCUGCACUGUAGGCAGGUUCAGCAGAUCUUCGGAAACACCAGGACAGCAGUUUCUGCCUGUAACCGAUAAGAUGGCAGCCAGGGAAGCGACUGGGCACAGCUACCUGGUGGCUUGCUGGCGGCCCAUUCUGAUCCUGAUGCUAGGAACUGUACUGUCUGGCUCCACCAUAGACUGCCCAGCACGAUGUGAAUGCAACUCUCAAGAUCACUCAGUGUUGUGCCACCGCAAGAAGCUUAUGUCAGUUCCUGAGGGCAUUCCUCCUGACACAAGACUGCUGGACCUCAGCAAGAACCGUAUCAGAACCAUCAAUCCUGAUGAGUUUGCCAACUUUCUCAGCCUUGAACACCUGGAACUAAGUGAAAACACCAUCUCUACAAUUGAACCUGGAGCGUUCAACAACCUUCCCGGUUUGCGGACAUUGGGGUUGCGUAGCAACAAGCUUAAGUUGAUCCAACUGGGUGUUUUUACUGGCCUGAGCAAUCUCACAGAGUUGGACAUAAGUGAGAACAAGAUUGUAAUCCUGUUGGACUACAUGUUCCAGGAUUUGUACAACCUUCGGUCUUUGGAGGUGGGGGACAAUGACCUGGUUUUCAUAUCCCACAGGGCUUUUCAUGGCCUAAGCGGCCUUGAGCACCUAAGUCUUGAGAAGUGCAACUUGUCCUCUGUGCCAACUGAGGCUUUUACCCACCUUCAUAAUUUGAUCACUCUGAGGCUGCGCCACCUCAAUAUCAACAUCAUACGGGAUUACUCUUUCAAACGGCUCUAUCGGCUUAAAGUGCUGGAAAUAGCCAACUGGCCGUACUUGGAUACAAUGACCCCAAAUUGCUUGUAUGGAUUAAAUCUCACCUCGCUGACCAUUGCCAGUGCUAACCUGACCACGAUCCCUUAUGUGGCCCUGCGGCACUUGGUUUACUUGCGCUUUCUGAAUCUUUCUUACAACCCUAUUCAUACCAUUGAGGGGAAUAAGCUUCAUGAUCUACUGCGCCUCCAAGAAUUGCACCUGGUUGGAGGCAGACUGGCUAUGAUUGAGCCCUACUCCUUUCGUGGUCUGAACUACCUUAAAAUCCUAAAUGUGUCUGGGAACACUCUUAGCACUUUAGAAGAGUCUGCUUUCCACUCAGUUGGCAACCUGGAAACCCUUGCGUUGUAUGAUAAUCCCUUGGCCUGCGACUGCCGGCUUUUAUGGGUGUUCCGACGGCGUUGGCGGCUUAAUUUUAACAAACAGCAGCCCACCUGUGCCUCCCCCGAGUUUGUCCAAGGCAAAGAGUUCAAGGAUUUCCCAGAUGUUCUGCAGCCAAACUACUUCACCUGCCGCAAGUCUAGGAUUAGGGAUCGCAAACCCCAGCAGAAAUUUGUCGACGAGGGAGCCAUUGUUCAUUUUGCUUGCCAAGCAGAUGGAGAUCCAGCUCCAGUAAUUAUGUGGCUUUCACCGCAGAAAAAGUUUAUCACCACCAAAACAAUUGGAAGGCUUUCUGUGUUGCCAGAUGGCACCCUCGAGGUUCGCUACGCCCAGAUUCAAGAUAACGGCACUUAUGUAUGCAUAGCCAGCAAUGCAGGCGGAAAUGACACCUCACCUGCUCACCUUCACAUCCACAGUUACUCACCUGACUGGCCGCAACAACCCAACAAAACCUUUGCUUUCAUUUCCAAUCAGCCCGCAGAGACUGGUGCUAAUGGUACAAGAGCCAAUGUCCCUUUCCCAUUUGAUAUAAAGACACUGAUCAUUGCAACCACCAUGGGUUUCAUCUCGUUUCUUGGUGUUGUCCUGUUUUGUCUGGUACUACUGUUCCUUUGGAGCAGAGGCAAAGGCAACACCAAGCACAACAUUGAGAUUGAGUACGUGCCACGGAAAUCAGACGCUGGCAUGAGCAGCACCACAGUGGAUGCUCCUCGCAAGUUUAACAUGAAAAUGAUUUAAUAGCGCUGUGGUAUCCAUUAAUUUGACUUUUAAAAUAGGACAAAUUGGGGAAAAAAGACAUUUUCUUUCCUCACUUGCAAACCUGUGGAUCAUGGUCUGUAAACAUAGAGUAAAGUUUUGUUUUUUGUUUUUUUCCUGGCUGUUGGACUUGGCAAGAGGGCGACUCCUGACUAUUCAAAGUUGGAAGCAAUGUAACCACACCCAGUGUUACAAGCCAUCGGUGGUUUCUACAGAGUCUCUGGGGGCAUUAAUUGACUACUGGAUUUCUUAUUCACAAGAAGUAUAUGCUCCAUUGAAAUUCGCAAGAAAAUGAUGUAAAAAAGGAUUUUAAAAAAUCUGUUCAAGCGUCUAGGGAGGGGCAGAUCUUAUUUGUAUCACCGCUGUUUUUCGUCUUUUCCUAUUUUGUUUUUUUAUUUCUUUCAGAGCUAAAUGUUAUGGAUGAGAUUUGUAAAAGUUAUUGCAUUUCAAGUAGAAUUUUAUUACAGAACAUCUUUGUGACAACUGUGAAUACAACUGAUUUGUUUUUCUUACAGUCAUAAAUGUUGUUCAGCAAUCAAUCCAGUGUGCAUUUUUGUUGGAACAUGUUUUGAAGGCUUUCCCCAUAAAUCAAACAACUACACAGUCUAAAUGAAAUAUGAUAAAUCGAAAACUGUUUGGAAUUUGAGAUGAAUCCGAUUAAUUAUUCUUAAAAUGCUGUAAAACAGCCUUAUAUGAAUUAAAGCCUUAAUCAUGACCAACUAAGUCAUGUUUUUGGAAUUUUCCUCUAAAUUUCUUUUUACACACAAAAAUAUAUCAGGAAAAUUGCACUUUAGAAAAAGGACAUUGUUUUUUUUGUUUGUUUGUUUGUUUUUUAAUACGCAUCUAGUCUCAGCUUUCCUACAUCUUUUCAGACUGAUUUAAUCCUAUUUUUCACUAUUGAAAUGAUUGGAUUUGCUAUUACUAUAUAGUGAUUUACAGAUGGACCAAAGGCUCACUCAUAAAGAUUGACUCCUGUAGUUUGAAUUUAAACUCAAAUAAAAGUAAAGGUUUAGACAUAUAAAAAAGAAAGCUGACCAAAUUACUGUAAAUUUAGAAGCAGUGUGUUACGUAGGCUGUGGUCCAAAUUCUCUUUGUAGAGUGGGUAGGCACAGACUUAAAAAACAUCCCAUAGUGCAUUGAUACUAUAUGCACUAAAUCAUUUUUAUGUUUUAGUUGAAACAAAAGUUUUUUUUUAUCUUGGGGGGGGGGGGGGGGGGGGGGGUUGCAAAAUGAUUGUGAUGAGGAAAGGUUGUGGCUCUUCUGUUUCUGGACAUGAUAUUCGGCCCUCUGUUUUUAAUCACAGUUACCUAUCUUUUGUUAAAAUUCAUGAAAAUGUUAACUCAUUUCCAGGUUUGCUUCUCUUCUAAAAUGUACUAUGUUUGUCAAAAGGAGGAAAAAGAACUGCUCCAAAUUCUGCUCCUGCAUUACUAAAAAAAAAAAGUGAGUUUGUGGCAUUAACUUUUCAAGUGCACACUGUGGACAGCUGGGCUUUGCGAAAGUGUGUGAGGAUGAAGUUAUUUUUGAUGGAUGACAUUACAGAUGACGACAGAGAAAUGGCUGGAAGAACGGACAGAAUCUACAGAUGGCUGGAGUGACACAGAUGGUUUCACCAAUAGAGCAAUCGGAAGCAGCUUUGGUGUAAUCCGUUUUGCAUAAAGAGAAGGAAAAAAAAAACUGGAUACGGCUCAUGGUUCUCCCUCUUGCUAAUAACGAAUGCUCUUUGUUCAAAGUGUGGCUACUGUACCUAGCCUUUCUUUCCCUCUUUCUUCUUUUUUUCUAAUCCCAAGUGGUCCAUGAUUCUGUUUUUGAUUUCAAUUAUUCCCUCUGUUUCAUUUUCACCCUGGACAAUAUCAAACAUGUAUAGUCCAAGCCAACUUUUUACAAAAAAAAAAAGCAAAUCUAUGGAAAAAAAAUACAUUCAAAUUGUCCUGUGCAAUAAAGGUAAUAUGCAGAUUUCUUUUUUUUUUUAAUUAACAAAAUUUUGUUGAUGUUGAAUUGUUGAGAAUAUGGUAUGUUGUAUUAAACAAUCUAUGGACUUUUUUAAACAUG